AUGAUGACAGACGCAAACAAACCAGGAGUGGAAAAGGUGUGCUGUGCGUUGACGCAGAACAGCUGGCUUAGCCAGCCCUUGACGCAGAUUCGAGCCCAUGAAGAUCUUGGCAUCGAAGAUGUCAAGUUGCUGAGCCCAGGGAACGCCUUUAUGGUGAAGGGCUGGAAUAGAAGCGUAUGCUGUUUGACGGUCUGCUAUGCAGCUUACCAGAAUCCUCAUCUGCUGCAGGCCAGGAGCUUCAGCACGAUCUAUGGCACUGCUGUGAACUCAGAGCUCAGCACCGCUGUCAGCACAAACAGAGGAGUCACGUUGGGCUCCUCUGUGAGGAGGAAGCCUAAUGCGUUUAAUCUGGUCCACCAGCUGGAAAUGAUGAUUCGCGGUGGCAUGUCGCGAGAACAAGUUCUUGGAAGUCUCGAGGAAUGUGGCGCAGCUGUGAACCUGCUUCAGAGGAUUCCUUCUGAAAUCAAGCAGGUGUUGACGCUAUUGGUGCAGAAAUACACGCAACCGCGAUUCCUGAAUCAUGAGACCCUGAGUGCCAACUUGCUGAAUGGUGGAUUUUGUUCGGCGACUGGAAUUCUAGCACCGUGGAAACAGCAGCUGACAAACUCACCUGCAUUGUUGCGAAUCUUGGUCGUGCGCUUGGAGAAGGACUGGCUGGCAAUUGCACCCAAGAACCGCCGGCCUUGGAACUUGAAAGAUGUGGACUCUAGGUUCGAGUUGCGUCAUGGAGAUGCAGAUCUUACACAGUUGCUACCAGCAGAUUUGCAAAGAGUCUCCAUCUUUUCUUCGCAUAUUCAGAAGUACUAUGCUCAGGGAGCGCUGGACUUCAAGCACAUCAAUGACCGUUUUCAAAAAGGUAAGGAGUGGUGCAGUGACUUUCUGGAACGGAAGCAUCAACUGAUUCAUGUCAAUUCGCUGGUGUUAGCGCACAGCACCAUCGUAUCAGCCCAAGCGGAGAUGGGACCCGACGGGCUCACAAUCCUUGUGGUCGAUGCAACGCUGUGGCCCACACGUCAGAUAUCAAUUGACGAGGCCAUUCAACUCUGUGCGUCGGUGAGCUCUGGAAACACCAGCUCAGUUGCCUUCUUUUGCAUGCCCCAAUGUAUGGCUGCCAUUUGUGCCUCGUCGAACUCGGCCUUCACGAAGUCCAAAGCUCUCCUGGGAAGCAUUUGCGACAUCGAACGAAGCAGAGUUGGAGAACUCCAGAAUCCGGAUCCCGAGAGAUCGCUAGCGCCACAUUGGCGUGUCCAACAGAGAGGCAUCAGUGCAACUUCUGGCAUCAUCAAGCACUUGCUUGAAGGUGUUUCGAGCAAUGCACAGCAGCCGGUGCUGGUGUGUGACCUCUUGCCCAACAGGUUCAGUGAGUGGUCCUUGGCGACGUGGGACUUGCAAUCAGCUUUCCUGAUGGAAACGAAUCGGGAAUUGGAUCUGCGCUUCUUGGGGGUGUAUCACUCCGACAAUGCUGAUGAGCUAAGUGCUGCCAAUGAAGUGCUGAUGGGUCGGCUCAUCGCCGACUAUUGGGAUGGAUGUGACAAAGCAGGUCCCAAGACCAGAGAAGCCAGUGGCUUUUCCGAGGCUUUUCCAACUUUGCAGAGCUUGGUUGUCAAUGAAGGUGAAAUCAAGUUUUUUGCUUGCAGUCUCAUGUAUGAGCAAAAUGGAACACACAAUUCUGGUCAUAAAGAAACAUCGAAAACUACAUGUUUCUGA